AAAUACUUAGAUUUAUUUUAGAUAAUUAUUUAUUUAAUACAGCGUGUGUCACAUAGCGUGUGAAUGGGAAAUUUUAAAAAAUCAGGAAAAAGGACUCUGUCCCAAACAAUCGUCACGAGGCAAAGGUCAGCCAAUCAAAUGAGCGGAAGUUUACCGUUGCGGUAAUCCGGUUCAGAGACAAGUGCGGCCGUUAGGAGCUCAGCUGAGUCCCAAUUUUCAGCUCCGUGAUCCCUAAAAGCUGCACUGUUUGCCGGCUAACCACCUAGCUGGAUGUGUGUGCACACUGCCAUGGUGGACUGAUAUGUGUAACGGCGAGACACGUUCGCACAGGAGGAGAAUUUUUCUUCCUUUUUAAGCUAGUUUGUACCUUCAGUUGGUGAUGGUGCACACAGGGCUGGAUGAGCAGCGAGUAGCCUGACGCGUCUUCACCGCAGGCCGGGACAAGCCUUUCAGCUGAGUCCGGAGUACCAAGGCGACCAAAUGCUUGCAAGUUUUUGACAAUAAACGAGGUACUUGGAUACAGUUGGGCUGCUCCAAACUGCCUCACCAGUUCCUGCUGAAAGUGAGACCCAACCAAGCUUUCACGGUGGAAACGAGAAGAAGAGCAAAGAUGAAUGCUGUGCGGGGGGGCACAGUCACCUGGCGUCCCCAGCCGUGGCAGGACGGAGACGGGGGAGGAGGGGAGCCUCUGUCAGACAGCGACUCAGAGGAGGAGGACUUCCCUGAUGACAGCACCACCCCGCUGGGCGACUACAUUACACAUGGGCUGAAGCAACUCCUGGAUGCUCAGCAGCUGUGUGACGUCACCCUGCUUGUUGAAGGAAAGAAGUUCAUGUGUCACAGAGUCCUUUUAGCGGCUGUGAGUCCAUAUUUUCGGGCCAUGUUCACCAGCCCUUUGGUGGAGUCUCGCCUCACUGAGAUCCGACUAGAGGAAGUGACGCCGUCUGUCAUGGAGACCAUCAUCCAGUUUGUGUACACAGGGGAGGCUGGACUCUCUCUGGACACAGCUGAGGAUCUGUUUGUGGCUGCCAACCGGCUUCAGGUCAUGCCCCUUCAGGAUCUGUGCUCCAGGUUUCUUUUUGAGCAUCUCUCAGUGGACAACUGCCUGGGGAUGUACUCUCUGGCGCGCUCUCACCAUGACCAGCUCCUGCUGCGUGCCUCCCUGCGGCUGGUAGCCCAGCACUUUCCCCGGGUGGCCCGGCAGAAAGACUUCCUCCUGCUUGACCACGGCACCUUAGGCAGCCUCCUGAGCUCUGACCGUCUGGGCGUGGAUUCUGAAGCGGAAGUAUACGAUGCGGCACGCCGCUGGGCAGAGCACCAGCCUUUGGAUCGCUACGCUCACAUGCCCGCGCUGCUUCACCACCUUCGCCCUGGGCUGUUGUCUCAGGAAGAGAGCCGAAGACUGAGCCAAGAACUGGGGCCAGCAGCAGCAGGGGAAGGCCUUGGGGGGCCUCUGAGACCACGGGAGGGAAUGUUUGAGAAAAAGAUUGUCUGUGUGGACCUGACACCUCGGGAAGAUGAGUAUUUAGCUGCGAGAGACUACACAGUGGACUGCUUUGAUCCUCGGACAGGGAAGUGGGAGAAGCUAGCACCACUUGGCUCACUUGUCAGUCCUGGCUGCACGGCUGUGGGUGACAGGCUUUUUGUAGCUGGUGGGAUCCUGCGGACUGGUUCUGUUUCUGCAGCUGUACAUGAAUACGAUGCUGUGUUGGACCGCUGGAUAGAGCGGCCUUCGAUGGUCCAGCCCCGGGCUAUGCUAGGCCUACUGGGAUGUGGAGAGUCACUCUAUGCUUUGGGGGGCAGCAACCGCUCAGCUCUGCUGGACUCCAGUGAGACCCUGGACCUGACCACACUUCAGUGGAGUCCUGGACCUCGGCUACCACUCCCCCUGCGUGCCUUUGCCUGUGCAGCACUACGUGGAAGACUUUACCUUCUGGGUGGAACCACACUUGAACAGAAUCGAGCUGUGGUCCACUCAGGUGUGCUUAUUUAUCACACCCUGACAGACUGCUGGACACGUGUGGCGCUAGACUCCGGUGCCACUUGCCUCGCUGGAGGAGUAGCAGUGCGGGGGGGAGUUUGCGCCAUCGGGGGAUACAUGAGGGACACCACCAAGUUCCUGGAUGGAAACUACACCAACCUGGAGACUUUAGAUGCUACAGGCCGUGUGCUGUUUUUUAGAGAAGGCAGGGGGUCAGGGGUGGAGAGGGAGGUAACCGGGGGAGGGGUGAUGGUCAGCGCAGAGCAGCGAGGGGGAGCAGGUGGUGGAAGCGACCGAGCGCCAAGCCCUGUCGUUUUUCCAGGGUUGCCUCGGCGGAUUGCGGCAGGGGGUGUGGCCAGGUGGAAAAGAAGGAUUUAUGUGUUGGGAGGAGAAAACGGCUCACGCUUUUACGACAGCGUGUACUGCUGGAAACCCGGCUGGCGCAGCUGGGUCCAGAGACGGGAAAAACUCCCGGGAGACACCGGAGGGGUGAGCCAGUUUGGGUGCACCACUCUAAAAUUCCCUAAAAAACACAUCCUGUCCAGACUCAGACUAGCCAAAGAAAACUGCAAGAAGCCCACUGACUAGCUCAGCAAGAAUCAGUGUGACUGGAGUGAGGUUCAUAGACAUAGAUUUGCUCCAAGGAGAAUUAGCUCCUCCAUGACCUCUUGAAAUGUUGUUUUGAAAUGAAGUCACAUGGAAAAUACCAUUUUAUACAAUCUGUGUGCAGCCACCAAGCAGGCCUAUAAUAAACUGGAUCCUCUGAAAAAUAUCACAGAUGCAUCAAUAGUCAAGCAGGCAAACAGCAAGUGGAGUGAGAAACUGGGGAAAAUCAGGCCACGUGCACCUGAAUGUAACUGAAUCCACUAUUUGUCAGAACGGAGAAGUUCUUUUUAAGACAGAAAAGGGCCUUUCAGUUGAUUUAAGUGUGAUGCUGUUUUAAGGUUUUUGUUGCUGAUGUAGUAAUUAUAAAUUUUUCUUUUUUGGACACAUCUAGUUUAGACACAAGGAUACUGGCACAUUCCGGCCCACUUUAUUUCCCUUAACCUGUUUUUUUUUUUUGUUUUGUUUUGUUUUUCUCUCCUCCUGAUGUUGGCCUGUGAAGCCCUUUGAUACUGCAAUUUACAGCAUACAAAACUUGACUUGAUAGGAAACAUUGUAAAAAGUUUUAGAAUAACUAUUUAUAGAGCACCUUUGACAAACAAGUUCAAGAAACAAAGGCUUAGCAAAGACAUGCGCAAAAGAAAGAGAAGAAAUAACUGCAUAAAUUAUUGAGCUGAUUGUAAAAAUGCUAUUGGGUGGAUUGCUUUAUUGGAUUUAGAUAGUGGACUUUCUUCAGCCUUAGAUGGGUUACAUUCCUGAAGACAGGAAUACAGCAUGUGAUGUAAUGUAAGGAGAGCAUGGAUAGGAGUUUCUAAGUUCUUUGUGGAUUGAAAGUAUUUUGUUGAUGUGAGAAAGUGAAAAACAGACCCGAUCUAGUAAACAAAGAUGUUAAUAGCUAACACACACACACACACAACACACACACACACACACACACACACACACACACACACACACACACACACACACACACACACACACACACACACACACACACACACACACACACACACACAAAGACACAUGUAAAACUGAUCUGGGAGUCAUUUCAAUAAAGUGUUUGUGGAGGAUUUCAGAGCAACCAUUGCCACCAGCCAUGUCUGAAACUUUCUGAAUUAAGAUGCAAAACUAAGAUCAAGUAUUUCCUCUUAUUGUUUUCACAGAUUCUUUUUCAUCUUCUACGUUACAAGACUACAUUAAACAGCUUUCCUGAAGGCUCCAUUUGCUCUCUUUCUUUGUCUAUGAAGAGUCGUAUGCUUUUUAGAUCAAAAAUAGGGAAUUCUGUGCUAAUAAUGAUUUGAAUAACUGUUUGGCUGAUAUUUUUCUCUUUCUGUCUGACAUUUUCAUUAUAUAUAAAAAAUUACAAUAGAAGGGGUUUGUAAAAAAUUUUUUAUUAAUUUUUAUCAGGCACUGAUACCUGUAAACACCAUUGUAUUUGCCAAUACAACAAUAUCAGGCAACAGGACCUAUACUGGCCAAUUUAUCUUUUGUUUUUGUUUUAUUUUUUUGGGGGGGUGGGGGGAUUUCUGAUAACUUGUUUCAGUGUAGAUAUCCUAAUCACAAUAUUCAGUUUCAAUUUAAUACAAAUGAUCUCUCAUGGCCCACUUGGAUUAUCUUUAUGGUGACCAGGGGCUGUGACACACCCUUUGGUAAUCAGUGAUUUAGAGGUAACUAUUCUUUAUAUAGUAAAUGGUGAGUAGUAAUGGGCCUGCACCCAAAUUGGACAUUUAGGAAUAUGCUGUCAUGUGAUUCAAAACAGCCCCUCAAGUGAUCCACUAUAUAAAACAAACUGUUUUAGCUCCUCCCUCUUUAAGCCAACUUUCUACUGAUUGGCUGUCCCUCAAAAAUAAAAGUUCUGACAUCUAUAGCCAUGUGCCUAAAAUGACCAUAUUAGGGAUUUCCCGCCUCAGUGACAUCAUACAGAAGCGAAAGUAGAAAAAAAUGUCUGAAACUGAGCAUUUAGAGCAGUCUGGAGCCUGAGUCUCAUAAU